CAUAACUUGAGUAGUUAGCAGCCAAUGAACGACGUCCUUUCAUUGUCAAGAAAAUAACAAACGAAAAGCGGAAUUUUUGAGAAACGGAUCGAUUCACAGAAAAAUGGCUGGGAAGCUUGAGCCACCUGGCCUACGUACUAACAAAUUGAGUCAGCUGUUUUCUGGCAAAGUAAAAGGUGGAUUGAAUGCUACUUCUUUAUCUCAUCUGAGCCGUGAUGGGUUGGUAGAUGCCUUGUUGGCUCUGUAUGGGGAAUGCAGCCAAGACCAGCUCAAACGAACCAACAAACAUGCAGCACAAUUUGUGAAUAAAUUUAAACAAACUGUGAGUGAAGUGAAGAACCUACAGAUCAGCAUCAAUGACUUUGAAGUGAAAGAUGUGAUUGGCCGUGGUCACUUUGGACAGGUCCAAGUGGUCAAGGAGAAAGUGACCAAUGAUGUCUAUGCUAUGAAAGUACUACACAAGGCUGAUACCCUCUCAAAAGAAAAUGUGGCUUUCUUUGAGGAGGAGAGGGACAUCAUGGCAAGAGCAUCAAGUCCAUGGUUGACCAAGCUCCAGUAUGCCUUCCAGGAUGAUGAUAACCUCUAUCUGAUGAUGGAGUUCCAUCCUGGUGGUGACCUUCUGUCUCUCCUGGCAAGGUUUGAUGAUGUCUUUGAGGAACCUAUGGCUCGUUUCUACCUGGCAGAACUGGUGGCUGCCAUUCAUAGCCUCCACACCAUGGGUUACGUGCACAGAGAUAUCAAGCCAGACAACAUUUUAUUGGAUCGUACAGGGCACAUCAAGCUGGCUGACUUUGGAUCUGCAGCAAAGUUAGGAGAGAAAAAUACUGUCAGCUCCAAGAUGCCCGUGGGAACCCCAGACUAUGUAGCACCAGAGGUUCUGAUGAGCCUUAACGGUUCAUUAGAUUCAAGCUAUGGUACGGAGUGUGACUGGUGGUCCCUGGGUAUCGUUGCCUAUGAGAUGUUAGUCGGUAAGACCCCAUUCACCGAUGACUCCAUGGUAGUCACUUACAGCAACAUCAUGGAUUAUCAGAGGAAGCUGUCCUUCCCGACUACUUCACCCAUAAGUCCUCGAGCAACCGGGCUAAUCAAGCAGCUACUCUGCGACAGGUCUGUAAGGAUCAGUUAUGAACAGCUGGGGUAUCAUGAGUUCUUCAAUGGCAUUGAAUGGGCAACACUAAGAGAUGGUGUACCGCCCUUUGUACCUACUGUUAGCAGCGUGGAUGAUGUGUCUAAUUUUGAUGAGUUUGAUCCCAUCGAGCCCAUGAAACACAAUGCUAGUAGUCUCAUGAAAGCUAAAGGAGGUUUCUCAGGGCUUGAUCUACCUUUCGUGGGAUUCACCUACUCGAAGACGUCAAGUAACAAUCAAGGACUUGGUGAUAUAUCAAUGAUGAACACUACACUCUCUGCACCACUAGAGAUGAGCUCAAUGCCAGACCAGAAGAUCCAGGAACGAUGUAGACGUCUUGAAUCCCAGCAUAGCUCCCUCUCUAGACAGAACAGUGAGCUGAGUAAGAGUCUGAAGGAGAAGUCUGAAUCCUUGAAGACUGCCCUGAGUGAGAAGAAUGCUGUAGAAAGAAAGCUGGCAGAAUCCGUCGCUGAUCUUGCAAAACUAAGACGUACUCUUGAGCAUGAAAGGACUGAGCAGAAGGACAUGGAUAGUAAAGCAGUUAGACUGAUGGGAGAGAUACAACAGAUUAGCAAGAAAGAACAACAAUUAAAGGAUGAAGAAUGGAGAGCUGAAGUAGAGAAAUACAAACAAGCUUUCUCUCAGAUGGAGACUGAUCAUCAGGUAGCAAUUAAGAGAGCCCAGAAGCUGGAGGUUGAGCUACGCCAGAAGACACAGGAAUGUGAAGACUCGAAGGCACAGGUUCACAACGUCAAAUCAAAACUUACCAAGUCUUGUGAAGGAUCUCGGAAUGAGGUGGAAGAGCUUCAAGCCCAACUCGAGAAGCUGAGUCGGAGUAGUAAGAUCCAACUGGAUGAGUUGCGUUUGAAGCUACGUGAGGCCAGCGAAGCUGAAGAGAGGGCUAACCGCACCGCAGAUCGGCUAAGAAAGGAGAAGACAGAGAUGAGAGAGAUCGUCCAGGAGCAGUGUCAGGGAUCCGUCCAGGAGAUGAGAGCAACUGUCAUGGAUCUACAGCAGCAACUCCAGGAGAGUCAAGAUGAUCAACGUAGCCUUGAGAAUCGUUUGAGGAUGGUCCAGGAUAGAGAGAAACGACUCAAAGAACAGGUGGAAUCUAAACAUGGUCUGACACAGGAUCUAGCCAAUCAAAUAGUGGAAAUGGAGAAAAAGGUAACAUCAGCUGACAGAGCCUGCAGGGAAUAUGAACAUGAUCUCGCUACCAAGGCCAAAGAACUACACAAUAAAGAACAGGAGUUGAAACAGCUUCGAUCAGUUGCUAAGAAAGAGAGACAGAACUUAGACAGAGUAUCAUCUCUUGAAGCUGAUUCCCAUCUCAAGAAAAUACAAGAACAGGACGAGACCAUCUCGGUUCUUGACAACCAAGUGAAGGUUCUUCAAGCCCAGAUAGACAAGAUGGUUGCUGAUCGCCAUAUUCUCUCACAGCAACAAAAUAAGGAAUUCAAACGUGUCGAAGCAGAGAAGUUUUCUGACCUGAACCAAGACAGGCUUUAUCUUCAGACACAGGUCGGCCGUCUAGAGUUUGAGUUGAAGCAGACCCAAAGGGCCAAGUCUAGUCUAACGGAUCAGUCCAAGGAAAUGCAAGCUAAACUAGAUAAGGUGGCAGACAAGUACGAGGAGGAGAUCUUCGGUCUCAAAGACCAGCUGAGAGAAGCUCAGGCACGGGCCGAGAGGUUAGAGGUCAACUCUAAACAAAUUGAGGCCAGUGAGAAUGACCUGAAGCAGCAGGUUAGGGUACUUCAGACCAGAUUGCAAGAAGAGAUUGAAAAUGCUGCUACCAAGAUUGAAAACCUAGAGGGGGAGAAGAAGCUACUAGACCAGGAGCUCCAUGUCCUGAGGGAGCGUUCUACCAUUGUCACCUCCCUGGAGACACAGCUCCAUGAGAAGAUGGAGCAAUGCUCCGCCAUGAGCAAGGAGAAACAGGAACUGAUGGAGCGAUGUGAGUCGUUUGCCAUGGAGAAAGGACGGCUUGUCAGUCAAAAUCAACAGAUGGAUACCAGUAUGGCAGACUAUCAGAAUAAACUCAGUCAAAAUGAACUGAACAUCAACAUGCUGAAGACCACAUGCACCAUGUUGGAAGAACAGGUCAUUGACCUUGAGACCAUCACUGAGCGUCUGGAAACCAGACUGGAGGAAUGUCGUCAAGCAAGGGACGGAGCUAAAGAGAGUUUGCAGGAAAAAGAGGAAAAGUUGAAAGCAGUUUCUAAGACACUGGAAGAAGCACAGCAGGCCGGGUGUCGUUCCGAAGAGAAGAUCAAAGAACUGACAGAAGCUGCAGAAGAAACAGAAAAAAGACAAGGAGAGGAGCUGGAUUCUUGGCAUAAACAAUUCAAUGAUCAGAGACAACAGAUCAAUCAACUCAAGGAAAAUUUGAGUGAGGUUGAAAAGCACAGAGCUCUGUUAGAAGUCGCUGCCAAGGAACUUAAGCAAAAAUAUGAGGAUGAGCAGGAAGACAAUAUCAAACUGGAUAAAGAGCUGAAAGACUUGGAGGAGCAACUGAAGGAGAGUAAGAGCAUCAACUUCCAGCUGACCCAAGCCCUAGAGGAAGCCAUCUCAAAAGGAGAAUACAUCAAAGAAGAGAAGCAGGAACUUGAGAGUCAUCUUGAAAGUCAAGAGAUCCAUUAUCAACAUGAGAGAAUCAAGUUUGAAGGCACUUCUGCCCAGCAGACCAAACUUAUUGAUUUCCUGCAAGCUAAGGUAGAUGCCCCACCCAAGAAGAAGAGAGGGCGCCUCUUUGGUAAGACGGCCCAACCUCUCCCUCCUCAUCUCAGAGACAGAGGCACAGGGGAUUACAGGUGUUACAGUCUCAAUGCAGGUUGGUUAAGUCAUCUUCUAAUUGACUUCCUAGAAAUGAAUGUAGAUGUGCCACCCAGGAUGAAAGAACUUCAGCAGAAGUUGGAUGCAGAGAAAAGCAGAGCUUGGGAACUUCAGAAAGCUCUGAAUGAAGCAAGAUCUGACCUUCAAGCAGCUAAGCUUAAAGCGAUAGCAAAUUCAGAAACCGGCUCAACACUGAGUCUGCCUGAGCAACCAUCAACUCCAGUGUUCACCCAGACGGCCAGUGCUAACCUCAUCUCUGCCAUCGUCCAAUCGCCUGGUCAUCGGUCAAGCCCAUCAAGCCUCAUCUUACCCACACCAGGGGACAAGCGGAACAAGACCCUUGCUACAGGGACAAUGAAGCGACUCAAGGAACGCAUGAAGCAUAAUAUACCUCAUCGCUUCACCAUUGGUCUUAGCAUGAGGGGUACCAAGUGUUCUGCUUGUGCUGAUACUAUUCACUUUGGACGUCAAGUGGCAAAGUGUCAGGAAUGUCACCUGAUAUGCCAUCCCAAGUGUGCCCACUGUCUCCCCCAUACAUGUGGACUUCCGUUCCAAUUCAUGAGGCAUUUCAAGCAGGCCAUGGACGGGCCAUCUCCAUCAACCAGAUCAGUCUCCUCGGCAUCGUCCACGGUAUCGUCGGUGGCAUCAUCGGCUGCCUCGUCGAUGUCUUCAUUCGGACAGGAACCCAUGGUGUGUGGGAACCAGAUUCAAGGAUGGAUGAAAACACCUAGGAUGAAUAAGCAAGGGUGGGAGAAGAAGUGGUGUUGUCUAGAAGGUACCAAGCUGAGUCUGUUUGACAAGGAAAACUCAUCAGGUUGUGGGUCUCCUUUCUUGGAGUACCAUCUCUGUCCUGAAGACGGUCUUGUGACUGUCCAUGCUGGAGUCUCUGCUACGGAGCUACCCAACACUGCUUCCUGUGAUCUACCGUUUGUGUUCCGUCUGGAAUCCAGGCCAGUGACCACCUGCUGGCCAGACAAUAAGACCCUCUAUCUCAUGGCACCAAGCUUCCAAGAUAAACAACAGUGGAUGGUUGGUCUUGAAGUAGCCAGCAUCCGAGGUCGUAAUGCUGGACCGGAUGGAUCCAUUAGGGACCAAGCUCGACUGAUUGGAAAUACACUCCUCAAACUCAACCAAGAAAACAGACUGGAUAUCAAUUGUACUCUCCUUGUUAGUGAUAAUAUGCUUUUGAUUGGAGCUGAAGAGGGUCUCUACACAAUGCUCUUAAUGGAUCGCAAGAAACCACUUUCUCAGAUAGGUGGAGUGAGCAGUGUCUUUCAGAUGCAAAUCAUUAACCAACUAAUGCUAGCUGUCAUGAUCAUAGGCCCUGAGAGGAAGUUAUGCAUCGUUGAUCUGAAACAUUUGAGGACUAUGAGCAGUCAAGCCAGUAUCAAUGAUGUCUCAAUAGACUAUACCAACAUUGAAGACAUACACUCGUGUCACCUGUUUGCCUGUGGUAAGGUUGAUGGAUCCUUCUAUCUGUGUGCUGCUAUGCCAACCAAGCUCAGUAUCCUCAAAUACAGCGAAGGACUCUCCAAGUUCUGUGUGAGAAAGGAGAUUCAGACUACAGAGCCUUCAAGUUGCCUUCUCUUCACAGAGACCAGUAUACUGGCAGGGACAGAUCGCUUCUAUGAGAUAGAAGUCAAAGAUUUCAAGAUUAAUGAUUUCCUAGAGUCUACUGAUACCAGUCUAGCAUUUGCUGUGUAUGGUGCAUCUCAGCUGGAUAGCUUCCCAAUAGCAGCCAUUCAGGUGGCACCAGAUGGAGAACCACAGGAAUUCCUUCUCUGUUUCCAUGAAUUUGGCAUCUUUGUUGAUAGUAAAGGUCGAAGGUCACGACCUGACGACAUGAAAUGGACAAGAUUGCCGUUGGCGUUCACCUAUCGUCAACCAUACCUUUACAUGGCUCAUUUUAAUUCUGUAGAGGUGUGCGAGAUCAAACACACAGGUGAACCUGAAAGUGAAGAAAACCGAACAUUCCUGAGCCAGGCCAACCCUCGCUUCGUCGGCCCGGCCAUCACCCCCGGGGCCAUCUACAUCGCAUCACUGGGAGACCGGACUGUGGAACUUAUGUGCCUUCAGGGGAACUAUGCCUCCGCUCCAAGCAGGAGCAACUCCGCUUGUCUGAAUAACAGUGGGAGUACUGUGGGAGACAGCGUGAGUGUAGCAGGUGGAGAUGAUGGGCGUGGCACUACCAUGCCCCCACCACCACCUGUGACAUCGGUCAAGAGGACACCUAGUACUCAGAGUCAGACCCCUCUCACCCAUAAAAGAUCAACUAGGAGCUCUAUGAAGCGUCCUCUCCAAGAAUCCUGGAGCAACACUCCCAAGGGCAAGUUCAGUCGUACAGCAGCAAGAGCUUCUGCUAGGGCUCCCUCUACGUCAUCCUCUGAGGAUGAAGUGGGUGCUAAAUGUGGUUUCAAGUACAGCACGGUGACGUGUAGGAAGACGAGGAGUAGCAAGCGAUAGAGGAAACCUUGGCUUUUUAGACCUAGGCAGUCAGGAAUCUCAAUACUGCAUUGCCAUCUUUUGUGCAGCAUUUUAUACUCUUUGUUAUACAAAAGUACAGCUAGUUUCUUGAUGAUGUGAAAUAGUGUCUCUUUCCUUUUUUAAUCAGCAAAACCCUUCUAGCUAGCAGACCUGCUAACCAUUACGUUUUAGGCAUAUUUAGUACGUUUUUGCAACCAAAAUAUGGCAGUACGUUUUUCUU